UUGCUCUGCAAGGGCCGCGGAUUUUGUGGAGCGAUGGGUAACGAUGCUUCGUGGGUGACUGUUAUUGAUGUGUACCCUGGUUCGCGCCCGGGUAUUGGGCGAGGGGAUGGUCUAAAGUUAUACUGUUACACUAGCACAGCAGACGGGAGGCUAUGGCGACACAGUGUUGCUCCAGCCAGCUGGCAGGGGCAAAGGACACAUUAUUGUACAUUAACGCCACCAACUAUUCUGGAGCACCCACGCCUCCCGCAUGUCUUAAUUUUAAAAUGUACCAUGUAAGUGUAAAGAUAUGCAGGAACGCCCCGAAAUAUGGUCCGCAAUUGCACCCGUCGCACAUUAUUUGUGGUGGUGUUGAUUGCUCCGCCCCGUUGGGUAGUUUUAGCUGAGCAGAAACUGUGCAACUUGAUCUCAAGCCUAGUGAAGAACCAUGGGGGGUUCACUCCUGCCUCUAGCCAUGCGUGUGAAAGAGUUCCCAGUCACUGAGUGCGCCGAGGAUACGAUCUAGAGAGAAGAGGAUCACAGAGAGACAGCUGCUGUACAGAGAAGAUCAAGAAACAAUGGGAGUUUGAUAAUAAAUUAAUAAAGUGACAAUCGUAGGCUACCGAAAGUGUUUUGUAUGGUCGUUUUCUAAUUAUUGUUCAAGUUCGUUUGAGAUGCAAGCAAUGGAUCCAAUAACGAAGUGGACACCAAAGCAAGUCGUCGACUGGAUGAAAGGCUUGGAUGACAGCCUGCAGCAGUAUGUGCCUAACUUUGAGCGGGAGAAGAUCAGCGGGGAGCAGCUCCUGAAGAUCUCCCAUCAGGACCUGGAGGAGCUGGGUGUGGCCCGCAUCGGACACCAGGAGCUGGUGCUGGAGUCCGUCGACCUGCUCUGUGCUCUGAACUACGGAGUGGAGACCGACAACCUAAAGGAUCUGGUGGUGAGGAUGAGAGCGGCCACCAACGGCCUGCACAUGUCCACGUCAGACCACAGGAAGAGCCCGACGUACGACGGCAGCACUUCCCGGAAACCUCCCAAUAACUUCCUAACCUCUGUAGUGGAGCUCAUCGGAGCAGCCAAGAGCCUCCUGGCCUGGCUGGACAGUACGCCCCUGACUGGGAUCAGUGACUUCACCACCACCAAGAAUAAGAUCAUUCAGCUGUGUCUGGACCUCACCACCACAGUUCAACAGGACUGCACUGUUUACGAGAUGGAGGAAAAGAUCCUGGAUGUUUCCAAGGUUCUGAACAGCAUCUGUGACCAGACCAUGAGAACAACCUCUGACCCUCUGAUGAGCCAAUCAGCAUGCUUGGAUGAAGUUCAGCUCAACAACAUCAAGCCUGGGGAGGGACUGGGUAUGUACAUCAAAUCCACCUAUGAUGGACUUCAUGUCAUCACGGGAACCACAGAGCAUUCCCCAGCAGACAUGACCAGGAAGAUCCAUGGGGGUGAUGAGGUGAUCCAGGUCAACCAGCAGACAGUGGUGGGCUGGCAGCUGAAGAACCUGGUGGGGAAGCUGAGAGAGGACCCUAAAGGUGUAGUCCUGCUGCUGAAGAAGAGACCUACAGGCACCUGCGGGUUCACACCUGCCCCUCUCAAGAACAUGCGCUGGAAACCGCCCAUGGCGCAGAGCACCCCUUCCCUGAACAAAACCCAGUCUCCAGGCUGUUCCACAGACAGCUCCACCAAGGAGAAACCAGCCAUCCUAGACCUGUACAUUCCCCCUCCCCCCUCAGUACCCUACACCCCACGAUGUGUACCCCUAGAGGGUAAGAUCAGCUCGUACUCGAGCAUCAGUAAGAUCAGCUCGUACUCGAGCAUCAGUAAGAUCAGACCAAAGGGUUCAGAGUCGCCCAACUCCUUCCUGGACCUGGAGAGUCGAAAACGCUUCACCAUCGCAGACUACGAGAAGAUGGGCGUGGCCUACCCCAUCGAGGCCAAUGUAAUUCAGCCCAGGAUGAGGGAACGCAUCAACUCGUCUCGUGGUAAGCCCCGCCCCCUCUCCAUGCCAGUGGACACCUGUCUUGGAGUGGCAGACACCUAUGCUAAGCCCUGGACACAAGGCCGGAAAGGCGAGGAUCUCCUGUACAGAUACUUGAGCAACGAGCGGAUCCCCACCAUUGCUGAGGAGGUCCCAUCAGUGUCGCCGCCGUACAGGCCAGUGGGGGAAAAGCAGCUGGUCCGAGGGGUGGACCACAUCAGGGGCAGCCGCUACUAUGCCAACCAGGACCUCCACAACAGCGCCACCAUCCCCUACCAGGACCAUGACCUGGGCAGCAAAAAGACCCCCGUAGCCCCCGCCUCCAAACGCCCCCCUGCAGAGCCCUCGCUACUGGUGUCCGACUGGUGCUCCAGCAGUGGCUUCCUCAACAGAUACAGCCAACCUCAUAUUCGAACCUGGUCCUUCUCUCAAGCGGCUGCCUUCCCUAUAUCUCUGGCUCCCUCCAUGGCAGGUGAUGACUACAACCCUGUUUCCCUGAGACAGAAACCCAAGAGGAAGACUCGGGGAGGCAAUGUGGCCAUGAGCAGACGGAGGGUCUCGGUUAAAGAGCUGGGGGAGUCGGACUACCAGGGCUGGCUCUACAGGAAGAAAGAAGGAAAGGCCUUCCUGGGUUUCAAAUGGAAGAAGUACUGGUUUGUGCUGAAGAAGACUUCCCUGUACUGGUACACUACCCAACUGGCAGAGAAAGCAGAGGGAUACAUUAACCUGACUGACUUCAUCAUCGACAGAGCCUUGGAGUGCAAGAAAAAAUAUGCCAUCAAAGCCUGUCACCCGCAAGUCAUGAUGUUUUACUUUGCAGCUGAUACCUACGAGGAGAUGAACGUUUGGUUGAAUAAGCUUGGGCUUGCUUCAAUACAAUACGUACCAACAGAGAGCAACACUACUGAGUGCUACAGUGAGGAAAGUGAUCACGAGGAGGCUGAGACGACAGAGGCUCCCCCUCCCCCAUACUCUGAGCAGAUGAACCAGGGCUCUGUGGAUGGUCCACCUGGCAGUGGACAUCAGGGUACCCUCCCUCCCCCCUACUCCUCUCCCCUUCCCAGUGAGACCAAUGGCUCCUUCUCCUCACCUGUCAGCACAAUGACAUCACAGAGUUCCGUGUCCUCGCUGGCCAAGCAUCGUCAGUCCUGGCUGGACCUGGUCUCGCAGGCCUCUCCUGUUGUCGGGGAAACGGUGGUGUGCUCUGUGCAGGUCCACACACAUCGGCCCCCACAUAAUCAAGAGAACGAGGGGCCCCUACAGCACCACCAGGAGGCUUCAUCCUACCAGGACCCUCCAGGCAGCACAGCCAGGGAGGAGGACUUUAACCCCAGGGAGCAGAUAGAGGAGGUGGCUGUGCUAGAAAUAGGGACAGAAGAUGUGAACCAUGAAGCCACAUCUGAUGAGAUGGAGAGAUUGUACAUCCACAUCAAGCAGGCCAACCUCUCUCCCAUAGGAGACCGCAAACCAUCCACCAAGAGGGACUUCAGAGCCUCCUUUAUAAAGAGAUGCAAAAACCAGGAUGUUAACGAGAAACUGCACCUCAUCAGGACCCUCAACAGCACGCUAAAGGCAAAGGAGGCAGACCUGUUGACCAUUGAGCAGGUGCUGUCAGAACCCACCCCCUCCAGAUUCAGGGAAUGGAAAAAAGUCAACACGCCUCUGCUCCAGGAGAUCUGUCUCAAGCAUGGACACCAGGUGGCAGCAGAGGUAGAGCCCUCCGCAGCAGCAGCCAAUGCCAUUGCUGUCCCCUUUGUAGAGACCAGUUUAUAAUGGAGUAGGAUGAAGUUGCCCCUCCCUAAACACUGAUCUAAGGUCCGUGUUGAGUUUACCCCACUAAUGCUUAUGGUUAAGAUUUGGGAUGGAUGAGCAGAUUGCGUUCAUGUGCCUAUGGGUAACUUUUACUCAGAAUGUUUAAGACUCACUGCCGUUAAUGUCUACCCAUAACCCAGUAGCACUAAGAGUUGUUCACAGGCAGCCUGGUCUCAUAGUAAACAUAAAUCCAGGAUGCUGAAAUUAGCAUGAUAUGUUACGUUUGGUACAUAAGAUAGAAGAUUACUUAAAACAAAACAAAGAAGGUGGUUUGUCGGGGUGGAUCAUGGAUGAGUGGGUGUAUAACGCGAACGUCUAACAACCCAAAGGUUACGUCUUCAAAUCACACCAAAGGCAACUUUUGCAUUUUAGCUAAUUAGUAACUUUAACUACUUGCUACUUUGCAACUACUAAACAUGUUAGCUAACCCUUUAACUUAACUCCUAACCUUAAACCCUUAGCCUAGCUAGCAUUAGCCACCUAGCUAACCUAACGAAUUGCAAUUCGUAACAUAUCAUAUGAAUUGUAAUUCAUGGCAUAUCAUCCGAAAUUGAUUGGCAGCCACAAAUUAAUACAUAUCAUACUAAAUGAAGGAAGACAGAUUUACAUUUUCUAUGAUUUACGUUUACUAUUACUCCUACCACCAUGUCCAGGUUGACACAGGCCGCAUUUUUAUCUAACUACAUAUGAUUGGAAGCAGCUCAUGUGUUGACUCUCCACUAAGUGGAAUCAUAAGAGGAAAAUGUAUUUUUUAAAGUUGGAGUUGAUGCAAACAUUGUAUUGUUGAUUGUAUGACAUUAUAUGGUUUUAUAUAGUUUGUUGUCAUUUAUCUUUUUAGGUUUAGAGAUGUAACAAUUUACGUUUUCGUCUGUUGUGAUAUAUACAGUGUUUGCUUGCAUUUGUGUUAUCUCAAGUAGUGAGUGAUGGAACAUUGGGUAGAUGUGUCCAUCUCUGAAAGCUAAUUUCGAUAAGUGUUUGUUAUUUUGCAACAUGUUCGGUUGCCUAUAGGACAAGGGUUUAUUUUCUAAUAGUUUUACAAACAGUUCAACAGACUUGCACUGCCUUGAAAUGUACAGUACGUAAGCUUUUGAUACAAACUUCUGUGACUGUUAUCUUGGUUAUAUUUUGAUCAUGAUAUCUUUGUGGUUUUCCUAGAGACAUUUGAUCAUUCAACAUUGCUGUAUGUGAUAGCUGUUACAUUCAGGUCCUGAUACUUUCAUGGAGACGUUAUGUAAGCAUUCCAUUUUGUGCCAGCAACAAUGAAUCCUGAAUUGUAAUUUAUAUGAUUUAGCUGUGGAAAAUAUUUUGUUGUUUUAGCAUUGUAAAUAAAGUCAUUGUACAUAGGUAUAAAGUGUGUACAGUUCUAUUGUAUUUUAAUUGGUACAUUUUCAUUACGUGACUGUAUCGAAAGAGUAAUAAAGAGUUCAAAUGCUCUGCAUUAUAAA